CCUCCGGUGCCCGCCGGCCUCCGCCGCGCGUCCCCUCCCCGGCGUGCGCUGCCGCGGCGUGGCCAAGUCGGGCCCCGGUCGUGGAGUUCUUGACGGCGCCGGCCCCGGCGGUGGUCAGGGCUCGCCGGGCCCUGUGCUCGCUCGGCCCGGGGCCGCAGGGAGGGCCCGGUGCCGCCUCGGCCCGCCGCCCCCCGCGCCGCGGGGCCUCGAGGCCCGGUGUCGCGGGGUCGCUCCCCCGCCGCGGGGAUUUACUCGCGGGGUGCCGGGGCGCGGGGCAGCGGCUGCCGGCCGGAGCCCUGCUCGGAAGUCGUUUCCCCUGUCAGUGUUUAAACUCCCCUAACUGAGGGGGUCCGAGGGGCUCUACAUGGUGAACGGGCCCCCCAGCUUCACCGAGAGCGCGGCGUUCCAAAGGGAUUCUGGAAAAAACUGCAAAGCUGUUGCUUUUAGCAAGGACGGCUCCCUGUUUGCCUGGUGCAAUGGAGAAAAAGUCAAUGUUGUUAAUGUCACCAGAUCCGAGUUACUGCAUUCCUUUGACCUCCCAAAGACAGUUUGCCUUGAAUUCUCGCCAAAGAAUAAUGUUCUGGCAACGUGGCAGGCCUAUGCAACUGCUAAGGAUGGCACAGCAGGGGUGCCCAACCUGCAGCUCCAUGACCUGAGAACUGGAAAAUGCUUGAAGUCGUUUGUGCAGAAAAAGAUGCAGAACUGGUGUCCUUGCUGGGCAGAUGAUGAAAGCAUUUGUGCCAGAAAUGUGAACAAUGAAGUGCACUUCUUUGAAAACAACAACUUCAAUACCAUUGCAAACAAGCUGCAUUUGCAGAAGGUCAGUGAUUUCGUGUUGUCCCCAGGAGCACAGCCAACCAAGGUUGCUGUUUAUGUCCCAGGCAGCAAAGGUGCUCCGUCCUUCGUCAGGCUCUACCAGUACCCCAACUUCGGGGGCCCGCAGUCAGCACUGGCCAACAAAAGCUUCUUUAAAGCUGACAAGGUGACAAUGCUGUGGAACAAAAAAGCCACGGCCGUGCUGGUGGUGGCCAGCACCGAGGUGGACAAGAGCGGGGCCUCGUACUACGGCGAGCAGACGCUGCACUACCUGGCAGCCAGCGGGGAGAGCGCCGUGGUGCAGCUGCCAAAAAAUGGCCCUAUUUACGAUGUUGCCUGGAGCCCCAAUUCUGUGGAGUUCUGUGCUGUGUAUGGUUUCAUGCCUGCCAAAGCCACGGUUUUUAACCUGAAGUGUGACCCCGUGUUUGAUUUUGGCACCGGGCCUCGCAACGCUGCCUACUACAGCCCCCACGGACACAUCCUGGUGCUGGCAGGGUUUGGGAACCUCAGGGGACAGAUGGAAGUGUGGGACGUUAAGAACUACAGGCUGAUUUCCAAGCCGGUGGCCUCGGACUCCACGUACUUCGCGUGGUGUCCCGACGGGGAGCACAUCGUGACAGCCACGUGCGCCCCGCGGCUGCGCGUCGGCAACGGCUACAAGAUCUGGCACUACACGGGCUCCGUGCUGCACUCCCACGAGGUGCCGUGUGACGAGGAGAUGUGGCAGGUGUUCUGGCAGCCCUUCCUGGACGGCGUGUUCCCGGAGAGAGCGGUGAGGUACCAGGCAGCUGGCAGCGAGCUGCCCCGAGCGGAGCCCAGCCCCGCGCAGGCGUACCGCCCGCCCGCCCUGCGGAACAGACCCGUCACCAGCUCCAAGCUGCAUGAAGAUGAGCCACCCCAGAACAUGAAACCCCAGCUGGGAGGCAGUGAUAAGCCACUGUCUAAAACAGCUCUGAAAAAUCAGAGGAAGCAUGAAGCAAAGAAAGCUGCUAAACAGGAGGCCAAAGCUGAUGCACACCAAGGCCCUGCCCAGGUCAGAGCCCCACAGAAUGCCCUGCAGAGCACUGUGCCAGCCGUGACCACGGGAGACCCUGAAGUGGACAAGAAGAUCAAGAACUUGAAAAAGAAACUAAAGGCAAUUGAGCAGCUGAAAGAACAGGCAGCUGCUGGCAAACAGCUGGAGAAGAAUCAGGUGGAGAAGAUUCAGAAAGAAGCUGCUCUCCUUAAGGAACUGGAAGACCUAGAACUGGGUGUUUAAAUCUUCCUCGAGCUCCAGCAUGGUGCUAACACAACGUUUAUGCAAAAUGUAGUUUGUUAAACAUUUCAGCAAAUGACCAAGGGUUCGAAAGUCCACAGAUUUGCUGCUCAUUUGCCUUUAAAAAAGAGUUUCCUAAAGAUUCGUGCACAUGAAGCCGUAAGCAAGCAAAGAGUAUCCAUCAGCCAGUUCUGCUGCUGUUCCAACGAGAAACGCGAGAAACGCGCUCCUUUUCUGAGGACACACGGCCUAAACCAGAGUGUUUUCCUUAUUUGGGUGGGGGAAGGGACGGCGCUGGAGACAGUGGAUAGGUUUGUUACAUGGGAAGCGAGAGGCGCUCUGUGCGAGGGCGGGCUGUGGGUGAAAUAAAUAAAGCGCGUUUGUAACAUC